CUGCCGCCCAAGGCGUUGGUCACGUGUAAUCCUUACGCAGCCCUCCUCCUCACUUGUUCUGAGUUUAGGGAAGAUGGCGAAGGUUUCUGAGCUCUACGAUGUGACCUGGGAAGAAAUGCGGGAUAAAAUGAGAAAAUGGAGGGAAGAAAACUACCGAAAUAGUGAACAGAUAGUAGAAGUUGGAGAGGAGUUAAUUAAUGAAUAUGCUUCUAAACUUGGAGAUGAUGUUUGGAUAAUAUAUGAACAGGUGAUGAUUGCUGCUCUGGACUACGGUCGGGAUGACUUAGCUUUGUUUUGUCUUCAGGAGCUAAGAAGACAGUUUCCUGGAAGUCACAGAGUCAAACGACUAACUGGCAUGAGAUUUGAAGCCAUGGAAAGGUAUGAGGAUGCUGUACAGCUAUAUGAUCGAAUUUUACAGGAGGAUCCAACAAACACAGCUGCAAGAAAGCGUAAGAUUGCCAUUCGAAAAGCUCAAGGGAAAAAUGUGGAGGCCAUCCGAGAGCUGAAUGAGUAUCUGGAACAAUUUGUUGGAGACCAAGAAGCUUGGCAUGAACUUGCAGAACUUUACAUCAAUGAACAUGAUUAUGCAAAAGCAGCCUUUUGUUUGGAGGAACUUAUGAUGACUAAUCCACACAACCACUUAUACUGUCAGCAAUUUGCUGAAGUUAAAUAUACCCAAGGUGGACUUGAAAAUCUCGAACUUUCAAGAAAAUAUUUUGCACAGGCAUUGAAACUGAACAACAGAAACAUGAGAGCGCUUUUUGGGCUUUACAUGUCUGCAAGUCACAUUGCUUCAAAUCCAAAAGCAAGUGCAAAAAUGAAAAAGGAUAAUAUGAAAUAUGCUGGUUGGGCAGCUAGUCAAAUAAACAGAGCAUAUCAGUUUGCAGGAAGAAGUAAGAAGGAAACCAAAUACUCUCUUAAGGCAGUGGAAGACAUGUUGGAAACACUGCAGAUCACUCAGUCUUAAGGUUUUAAAAACUCACAUUAAUUUCACAAUUCCACAAUCAACCUUAUUGGUCUGUAAGUUAUAUACUAUGUGCCCAGUGCUAUUUAUACCAAGUUCCUAUUAAUGAGAUGUUUGUGUAAAAUGAAAAAUGCCUUUUGCUGCUAAGCAGGAUGAUAGAGAAAGCUAACUGAAGUUUCUAAGGAAGAGGAAUCCAAGAAGACUCCAUUAAUUAUAUAUCACUUGUCAGAUCAUCUCUGUAUAAUAUCUGCUUUUAAGCCAUACCUGAUGUAGAGAAUAAACAUAAUAAAUGAAACCAAGAUGAUUUCUUUAACUUGUA